CGCUCCCGUCCGCUCCUUUUUGGCCGCAUCACGUGAAACGUAACUCACGACGCGUCAACUUAACAAUUGUCGGUGAAGAGACCACUUAUAAAAAAUCAAAUUGCGGACGCGUUAAAUAAAUUAUAUUUACCCAUAAAUGUUGUACUUGUUUUAAAUGUUAAAUAAUCUACGGGGUGUUUUAAACAAAAAGUUUUAAAUUCGUCAUCGAAUUAGUUUUAAUUGUGCUUUAAAAACCGUACUCCAUAACUGUACUUAAUUAAUAAAAUCAAAUAAUUAAAAAUAACUUUGAUGAAAGUUGUGACCACAAAAUAAAAAAUACAAAGUUUACAAACAGCCUGUGCGAAAUUUGCCGCAUCGGCCACCUGUACUUGAAAAAAUCGAUAAAUUCUACUCAUACUUAAAAAAGUUUACCUUCCCAUCGCCGAUUCCUCAGCCCGGCUCAGGAAUUAAAAAGGCAUCGGAGGGACGGACGGCGAAAUCGUCCGCAACCGGUUACGCAUCACCAUUAUGUAACUGUCCGACGAAGGUGGUGUUUUUGAAUACGCGGCCAGGAAGUAUUUAAGUACGGACACGAUGAAUAGUGUGCUGGUGCUGGCGUUUGUGGCUAUUAUCGCAUUUUGUGGGGGAUUGAGUGCCCCGGCCUGCGUCUGUGACAAGCGGGAAUGCGAGAUCGUCAACGAGGUCGACUGUCCCGGAUUGGGCAUCGUCGUCUGGGACCCUUGCAAAUGUUGUCAGGAGUGUGCGAGGACGGAAGGAGAGCCAUGCGGCGGCGAAUUAGGAUUUAGUGGGACGUGCGAGCCCGGAUUAUCGUGUCAACAACCGGGACCAACACCCAGCGAGGGCAUCUGCAGGCCCAUCAUUUUCGACAACCAUGAAGACACGUGAAAAUUAAUUUAUCUUUUUUAUAAAUAUUUUGUUUCAGACUGAAGAGGUGAUUUGCAGCCAUAAGGAUUGGACAAUGCACGUAAAAGGGGGAGUGAAUGUGUCGUGAAACUAUUUUCUAACGACUGUGCGGCGAACUUUCACAUUCAUGAAUGCUGCAAAGUGACGUAUAGCGGAUGUGAUGCUGAUAUGAAUAGACAAUAGGCGAUGGGGGAAGUGGUGAUAUAAGUGUCAAAAACUUUUGAGGUCGGAGCCAAAUGUCUAAAAGUAUAAUUUUUCGAUGCCUCCUUAUUUUUCAUGCUAUUUGUGACUGCUGCAAUCUAAAUUAAUGUGUAAAUUUGUGACAAUACUAUUAGGAUAUAAAUAUGUAUAAUGUGAUUAAGUAGUAGAAAUUUUCGUUUGAAAAUAUGUAUGUAAUCAAUAAAAUGGUUUUAUUUAU